CACCACCACACCUCCUCUCCGGCGAAACCCAAACCCUACAUGGUCGGAGACGACGACGGCGCCCGCACGCCACCACCACCACCACCGCCGCCUCUGCCGCCGCUCAAUACCCUCUUCCCUCCUCCAAUCUCCUCAACCGCGGCCAGAUCAUGGAUCUCUUCCACAACUGCAUCAAGCUCGCGAGCGAGAACAAGAUAAACCAGAAGAACACGUGGGAGCUGAGGCUCAUAGACCACCUCAGCGAGAUCAUCCAAGUGAGAUCCGAGGACGAUGACGAGACAAAUUUCCAAAAGGCAAGCUGCACGCUGGAGGCCGGCGUGAAGAUAUACUCAGCGAGAGUCGAUUCGGUGCAUUCGGAAGCGUACAAAGUCCUCGGAGGGAUCAAUCGGGCUGGGCGGGAACAAGAGAAAGAAAUUUCAGAAGGUGACCAUAUCGACACUGAACAAGCGGAGGGUCUUUCUAAGAAAGACUUGGAAAGGAAGCUGUCACCUGUAUCGACUCUGGAGUCAUCAUUUGAGGCUCUUAAUGUAAAGAAAUUUGAUGCGGCUUUCACUGUGGAUCCAUUAUACCAUCAAACUUCUGCUCAGUUUGAUGAAGGUGGGGCUAAGGGUCUCCUACUGUACAACCUUGGAGUGUAUGGUGGCUGUCGCGUGCUCUUUGAUUCAUUUGAAGCACCAGAGAACAGCAUCUUGCCAGAAACACAAACUGACAAAAUGGAACUGAUUGACCUUUCAUUUCUCAAAGAGUAUAUUGAGAAAAUGAUGAUUAACAUGCCCUUAAAAGAUGAGAUCUCUCCCACUCUGAGGGAUAUUGUGGAUCAGUUUGAUGAAGAUAAUCGUAGGCCUUCAGACCUAGCAUCUUCAGGGCAUAUGCCAACAAUGGAAGAGAAUAUCGUUGGCAAUAAACAUGUAGAGUUGAAUGGCAAUGCCUUACAAUCGGAUGGUGAUGCACUACCAGAAUAUGAACCUUGGAACUAUGAUAAUGAUGAUCAGGAGAGUGUAGUUGAUGAUAGCUCCAAUAUCACAAACCCAAAUUCGACAAGCUAUCAAGAGGCUAAUGGUGUGCACAUGUUUGAUGAUGCUGAUCUUGGUGGAGAUGAAAAGCUCGAUAGAAUUGCAGAUUUCUUGUCUCUGGGCCUGGGAUUCUCUGCAAAAACAAAUGCCUGGGCAGGUCCUGAGCAUUGGAAAUAUCGAAAAACCAAAGGUUCAGAACAAAUUCCAACUACAUCAGGUGAAUCGGAAGUCACAGCUAAGAAGCCAAAGAGCAGAAAGAAGGUUCCUGACAUUGAUUUUACAAAAUCACUUGAAAAUGACAUGCCGGAUAUUUUUGCGCCUCCAAAAAAUCCGAAAUCGUUGUUGUUGCCUGCGAAUAAAGUGCCUUGUAAUAUCACUCUUCCAGAAGAUUGUCAUUACAGACCCGAAAGCCUUGUUAGAUUGUUCCUUCUUCCUGACGUUAUGUGCCUUGGGAGGAAAGGAAGAAAGAUUUGUGAUGCAGCAAGAGAAGACAAUUCUGAUUUUGUACCAUCGACAUCAUGGGAUAAUGGAAGUGUUAUGGACGAUCACGUUGAUGAUGAAAAUGCUUUUAGUGAUGUAGAAGAUCCAGGAAGUCUUCUCCGUAAGCCACGGCAGGUGAACAAAAUCGAUAUUCAAUACGACAAGGUGUCAAAACAGGUAGAUGUUCAUGCAUUGAAAGAUAUGCUUUGGAAUCACAUACAAGGAUCUAUUGAGACUUCUGAUGUGGAAAGGGAGGAGCCGCCCAAAGUCUCACUAACGCAGGUGUUGCAUCACUUCCCGAACGACUUCCCAGCAGCUUCGACAAAAGAUGUAUCCCCGCAUUUGUUCUUCAUCUGUCUCUUACACUUGGCUAACGAACAUUGCCUCGUCCUCCACGACCGUCCAACCUUGGACGAAGUAGACAUACAGAUACCGUCUUCAUCGCUCGUGAAGUAACUCUUACACCAUAUUUAUGUAAUAUUUCCUUUCCUUUUUCCUUUUUUAAGUUUUUGUAGUUAGUUUGUGAUGUUUGGCAGAUUUGUUUUUGAAGGAAAAUUGAAGGAUAUAUGCCGAAAUUACCGAUGUGGCAAAGUUCACACCUUGUAUGUUGUAUUGGUAGGUUGUAAACAUGCUUGAUGGAUAAUGGAUUUUCCUUUUUAUGGCU